AUUUCCUCGCCUCUCGCAGGCGCUGCACCGUUCCGCCGCCCUGGAGAACCAGCUGAACGUGCUGUCCGAACAGCUGAACGACCCGCAGCUCUCCAGCAAGGAGCUCGUCAGGCGCAUAGUGGAGCUGACCGACGAGAUCUCACAGGCCACCAUCCAGCAGUGGAAGAAGGAUCAGCUGCGCGCCGAGCUGACCAAGAUGAAGAAGCAGUUGGACGACAAGGACAAGGCGAGGAAGGCGGCCGUCAUGACCUCGGUGGUGGAGGAGACGAAGGCGUUCGUCACCGCCAAUAAGGAGCUGCCCUGGAUCGUGCGCCGGCUGGAGGCCUACUCAAACACAAAGGCGCUGGAUGCUGCCCUGAAGCAGGUCAAGGCCAUCGCGCCUCAGAUGUCGGCUCUGUUCCUCUCCGUGGACGAGGAUGCCGGAAAGAUCGUCUGUCUGAGCGCUGUGUCAAAGCCGGCGCUGGCGGCCGGUCUGAAGGCCAACGAGUGGGUGACAAAGCUGACCGAGCUGAUGGGCGGCCGAGGAGGCGGGAAGUCCGAGUCAGCUCAGGCGGCCGGCACCAACGUCACCGCCGCCAAGGCCUGUCUGGAGGCGGCCAGGCAGCACGCGCGCACCACGCUCGGACAGGACAGCCAGCCCGUCGAAGUCCAGGUACCCACCGCCAGUAACGCUGCCCCGUCGCCAGCCUCCAAGACUGCCAAACCCUCCAAGGCGAGUGCCAAGUCUUCCUCCAAACCGCCGGCCGCCAGUUCCGCGGUGCCCAGCUCAGGCCCGGUACUGUUCUGCGGCUCGGGCGACCCGCGCGCGCUGCUCUGUCGUAUCGCCGCCGGCUACUCGGGCCUCUCUCUGCCGGUGACGGAGGCGCCGGCGCCGGACGCGGUCCCGCUGGGUCGCCGUCCGACGCUGCGCACCGCCGACGGCACGCUGAUCUGGGACGCCGCGGCGGCCGCGCUGCACCUGGCGCCGGUUCAGCUGCGCGGAGGCGCCGACCCGGCCUCGGAGGCGGCCGUGCUGGCCGCGCUCUUCCAGGCGGACGAGCUGCGCCAGCUGGUAGCCGGCUGGCUGGCGGCGGGCGCGCCGGCGCAGCAGUCCGCCGCCAGCCGCCAGGCGGUCGUACACUGGCUGGAGCGGCUGGACGCUGUACUGCGAGACCGCACCUACCUGGUGGGCGAGCGGGUGACGCUGGCAGACCUGGCGCUCUGCUGCGCGCUGCUGCCCGCCUUCACUGGAGGUCUGGACGGCCGGCAGCGCGCGCGGCUCGUCUGUGUCACCCGCUGGUUCCGCACCGUGGUCCACCAGCCGCCGGCCGCCGCUGUACUCGGCGAGGUGAAACUCCGCGAGUAGGCCCGACCGCCCGGCCGCGCCGCCCGGCCGCUCACCGGUGGGUUAUUUAUUGUUUCGGCCGGUGAGAGGCCGUUCGGGAUGGUCAGCUGCCCAGCGCUGCGGUAGGUGGACCGCCCGGUCCCCUCUCGUUGCCCAUACGCUCAGAGCGCACUAUGGUGGGCCUGUCUAAAGGUGAUAGCAUUGCGUCCCGGUUUUGGAAAAUGAAUUUUGAACGACAUGCUUGUGGCCUGGUAGUUCGUUACGUGGGGAGCGAAGGUGGUGGAUGUCCCGGAUGCUUUACGAGCGGUGAUGUUAUCUGGUAUUAAGACACUAAGUGCAAUUAAUUAUUUGCGUAUGCCUUAGUGAUGAACGCCGAAAUGGCUCAAAGUUCAGUAUUGUGGAGGGAACAAAUGCUGCCUACGCCUAUAAAUUGUCAAUAUAGCGGAAUGCAGUUACAUAACUCUGG